UAUAAAUAUUUAUCAUAAAUAUCGCUGUACAGACGCUCUAAAAUAAAAUCAUAUUUAAAGCGAGAUCGCGCUCAGGUUCUCUCUGAUAUCGUUAUCAUUAUAUAGUGUAUCAUGAAAGUAUAAUACAGAUGGCGAGACUCGCGCGUAAAGUUUCGACUCUCAGAUAUCCGGCAUGCCGGCAGCCAUAUUUAGUAUUGCAGCAAUCUACUGAUGCAGCUUUUACACCGAGUAUAGAACCUGAGCAUAUUUCUACCGAAGCGAAUAUAUACGUGUGUAAUUCUUAUUAACAGUAAUACAAAUUUGUCAAUUAAAAAGAACAACUGUAAAAUAAGAACAAUGUAACGUCUGGAAUAGACUUGUGUAAUAAAGUAAUCGAAUAUUUGGAGCUGUAUAUGUAUUAUCAACUGAAAUAACUAAUCAAUCAAGAGAUGGAAAUCUGCAUUGAUUCUUUAGAGUCCGCCAGAAACGCUGUGGAAGGUGGUGCCAAUCGACUGGAGGUUUGCUCGGCUCUUUCGGAAGGUGGUUUGACACCUAGUCCGGGGUUAAUUCAACAAAUAAGAAACUUCACAACAAUUCCGCUUUACGCCAUGAUUCGUAUUCGCUGCGGCGACUUCGUUUACAGCCGCGACGAGAUCGACGCCAUGCUUUAUGAUUUGAAAAUUCUUAAGGAUCAUCACGUGGACGGGUUCAUUUUUGGCGCAUUGACGCCCGAUUGCGAGAUCGAUGUUGAACCAUGCGAGCUGAUUGUCUCUGCCGCUCGACCCCUACCCGUGACAUUUAGUCGCGCCUUCGAUCUGACGGCUGAUCCUAUCAAGUCGAUGGAACUUCUUGUGGAUCUUGGAUUUCAGAGAAUUCUGACGUCUGGACAGAAGAAUACUGCUGUGGAAGGGUUAGACCUGAUAAGAACAUUGCUGCAAAAGACCCGAAAGCUAGUGAUUAUGCCCGGAGCUGGUAUAACGAAGGAUAACAUUCGUAAAAUCAUAGAAUCCGGCGCUAAAGAAUUCCAUGCGUCAGCGAAGAGAAGAAAAAUGAUAAUUUAUGGCGCGAAUAGAGUCAAAAUGGGAAUCAAUGAGGACAAUUUUGUUAACGUGACUGAUAAGGAGCUGGUGAAAGAAUUAGUCGACAUUGUUAAGAAUGAAUGUAUUGGUUUAUGAAAAAUAAUUCUGAAGACAUCAGAUCAUUGUAUGUAUUCUGAUACGAUUAAUAUUUAUAAUUAAAUAAAAUAUGUAUAAUAAAAUAUGUAUAAUAAAUUCAA